AUGUUCGUCAAAGCCCGCGUGAUGGCCUUCGCGGAUGUGCCCAACCUGUUCGCGCUGCCCCAGCCCAACAUGGACGAGCUCGUGCCGGCCGAGGAGGUGGACAAGUACACCCGCCAGGAGUACACCACCAGGAUGAUGGAAGCGCUCAAGCGCGUCCAGGACGACCGCGCGGCGAAGGCUGCCAAGAGCCUUUGA